UACAGUGUUUUACCAUACGCGUGCGCAAAUCAUCUGUCAGUUCGUCAGCGGCGGAAAAAUAAGUCGUCGCCAAAAUAGAGUCCCUGUAUUUAUUUGACGAGAACUUGAAAAAACGCUGUUAGAUACAAGAUUUGCCAUGAAAUCAUCAUUGUGCUGUCGUUAAUUUCGUCGGAUUUCGCAAGAAACUAUCGUGUGCGAUGCUAAAUUAUUGAGCAUUUUGGCGUCACUCCCUCGUGAAAACAAGUGUAAACGACAAAGGACUAGAGCUGAAAGGCAGACAAAAUGGCUGAGUCAAAUAUAGAAAAGAAAGAAGAUAGCCUUGAAGAAAGCUUGUAUUCUGAGGAAUGGACAAUUAUUGACCAAAAAGAAUCCAAAAUUGAUAUUGCAAUUGAAGAAGACAAUGGAAAUCAAACUUCUGAUUUAAUUAAAGAAACUUUAGUUACUGAAAAUGUUUGUGCAACCGAAGAAAGCAAACCUGAGGUAGAGCAAAUUGAAGAAGGUGAAGAAGCUGGUGAGAAUGAUAUUGAAUCAGAUGAUGUUUCAAUUUUAUCGGAUGAAAGUGAAUCAGAGCAACUUAUUAUUGAAGAAGGAAGAAUACAAAAAAUAGAAUGGCGUGUUGAAAGUCAAUCUAAUCAGUCAAAAGCUUUAAUUCCAAACAUUUCCUUGGGAGAAAGCUCAUCUCCUCAUAUGUUAAUUUCAAGUACUUGCCUCAUUUGUUCACUGAUAGUUGUAACAUUCGCUAUAGUGAUUGCUGGUAGAGUAGCAAAUUUAAAAGGAGAUAUUACAAAUUAUGGAGCCAAUGUUAAUAUUGCUGAAAAACUGAAAGAGUUGGAAGCAAUCGAAGACAAAUUGAAAGAAUUAAGUGAUGUUAAACAAGCUUUAGACCAAAUUCUCACAAGUAUGCCAGAAAUGAAGAAAUUAAAAGAUCAGCUAGCAUAUCAAAAAUCAGAAAACAAUAAAUUCAAGUAUUCUUUAGAAGAUUACAAGAAUUUUAUAAAUCUUAAUAAUCAAAACAAUUUCAAUAGCAAUAUUAAAAAUGAUAGAUUGGAAAUGCUUGUGGAUACUUACACAAAUUUGUGUUUGAUAAUGAAUAAAGUUAAUUCAUCCAAUGCUGAUAUGGAAAACGAUUUAUGUAGAACACCAACGAUUCUGUCAGAUAUGAUUAAUUUAAAAAAAAAUCUGAAACUUGCUUUCGAAAAUUCACAGGAAACCGCUAUGCCUGAAAAACGGAUGUUCACUGAUGCUGGAAGAAAACUCGACGUUAUUUCUGAUUCCCUACUAUCUGAUUUUUCAACGAUGUUUGUACGCUUUUCAUUCAAAAUGCAUAGAAGAUUGAAUAAGUUCGGAUUCGAAUUAUAUUCACGGCUGUGUUUAUUAAAUGAUUUUGAAAAAUCAGAUGACAAAUUUUUAAACAUUUUACUUGACGAUGAUUUUUUUGUAAAUCAUUGUAAUGUGACUGCAGAUCCUGUAACAGCUGAUUACAGAUCAAAUACUAGUUAUUCAAAAAAACUAAAUUAUCGCGAAACCAAGAAAAAUAUUACAGAUGAGUCGAAGAAAAAUGAAAAAAAUGACUAUAAAAGUAAUAAAGGAUACGAAAAAUACAAGGAUACUAAGGAAGAAUAUACCAAUGCUAGUGAAGGAGAACCUUUUAAUAAUAUUGCUAAUACCAAAAGUAAGGGAGAAGCAAAACAUGAUAACUGGAAGACAAAUAAUGAAAAAUACUAUCAUGUAGAAAAUAAAUUCAAUAAAAAUGAAAAGUUUAGAGAGAACAAUAAAAACGGUUACAGGCACAAAAGAGAAUCAAAAAGUGACUUUAAUAAGUCGUUUGAAAAAAUUGAAACAAAUUACGAGUAUAAUAAUAAAAAUAAUAAAAAAGAUACUAAAUUCGAUCGAAAACAAGAUUACAAAAAAGAUAGUGGUUAUGAUUAUCGUGAAUUUGAAUAUAAAAAGGAUCACAAUACCGAUUUUAAAGUUUAUUAUGAUAGAGAGUAUUACAGUUCUGAGCAAAAUUUUGAAGAUAAGAGAGAUCAUGACUAUGCAUAUGGAUAUGAAUCUAAAAGAAAUGAUGAGUUUGAAAGAAAACUGGAGAAGAAAAAAGUUGGAAAAUAUGAUAAGGACGUAAAUGAUGAUUCAAAAUUUAUUAUAAAAAUGGAUAAUAUUGCGGAAGAUAUCAUUAAGAAUAAUAAUCACGAACAACAAAAGUAUAAAAAUAAGGAAUACGUUUUAAAACCUGAAAAUUUCAAAGAAUCAAAAUAUGCAAAAUAUGAUAAUCAUGAACGCAGAGAUAGAAAGGACAAAUAUCCGACUGGAGAAUGGCAAAUGCAAAGGGGCAAAGCCCGCGAAAAACAGCGGAAUUCUGAUUGGUAUUUUGUCCGAGCAGAUUCGCGUCAGCAAGCGAGGAGUAACGACGGAGGCAAGACGGAAGAAAAGAAAACGAUUCGGAGAGCUUCUACCCGACCGAAUAAUAAGAAGCGAGCGGAUACUUACCGUGAUAAACCGAAUAACUUUAGAGGACGGAUCAUGAAGAAAGUGGCUCAUACGUGGGACUUUCUGAACAAAAAAAUUCGAAACUACUUUUAAGGGAUUGUUUCUUUUUACGAUAUUUUUCCAUUUUUAUUAAAUCUAAAAAUAAUAACGAAUUUAUGAACUUUCACACUCAUGCUACGUGCGUAUACUCGAUGUAUUAUUCAAGACUAUUUUUUCUAAGAUUUUAGUAGCAGUACGACAGAUGGAAAUGUAGAUGAUUCUUCUCAAUACUUGAUAAUCUUUAAAGUAGCAACUACACACUGAAAGAUUUCUCCAAACCUAUCACACCAUCAAGUUUUUUUCUUGGCAUCUAAUGGUUGAUAUUGCUUUCGAGUUUAACAUUAACUUUUGGAGUAAUACUGUAUAGCUGAAAAAUAAUACGUUGAUUGUCAAUUAUGAUUAUUGACUCGAAAUGUUGCAAAUAAAUCACCGUAAGAUGUGUUUACCUAUUUUAAACAUCACUUAACUGGAGCUUAUUAUUAGUAAACAAAGAAAAUAUAGCAAGUGUAAGAUAAAGAAGAGAACGGAAAUAGUUAUUUUUAUUAUAAGUUUGUUUUUAUAGUGAUGAAUAAGUAAAUAGAUAAUCUAUGAAACUGUUUGCUGUGAAAUAAAGUAGUUACUUGUUUUUAAGAAUGAUAAAUUUUGUAUGUUAAUUAAUUUAUGUCGAAAAGAAAGAAACGAGUAUUAAAAAAAAAGAAUCUAAACGGCUCGGAAUCGUUAUAAUAGUUAAAUCAGUUUUAUGACAGUGUUAGGAAAGAUCUUCACGAGUGUUUCCCGAGCAAAACUCCAAGACGAUGUGUCAUUCAAAUGUUAGGCUUGUAUGAUGUAAAUUAUGCAACUUGUAAAUUUCAAUAAAAAGUGUUAUUAAGAUUAUAUAUUUGCACU